UCCCCAUGUUUUUUACAUUUUACUUUUCCAUAAAAGUAAACUGUACUUGCUUGUCAACAAAAUUACUGUUUACUUGUCAAAAGUCCUUGCCUGCUUAGGAUUUCUCUUAAUUGAAAAACGAUGGCUAAAUCCCAUAAAAGGUUCACUUCAAUGAGCAAGACUAGAGAACGAGGAUGAAUUUUCAAAAGUUGUUCCUGCAAUCUUUUAUUCUAAUCGUUCAUUUAACAUUUUCUUCCUGCAGAGACACCAUAGCCAUAAACCAAACCCUUCAAGAUGGCCACCUUCUAAUCUCCAGGGAAAAGAAAUUUACAUUAGGAUUUUUUAGCCCCGGAAGUUUCAGGUAUAGAUAUCUUGGAAUCUGGUAUCACAAGCACAAAGUCCGAGAGCAAACUGUGGUUUGGGUAGCAAAUAGGAACCAUCCAAUCAAUGGCUCUUCAGGAGUUCUCUCCUUUAAUCAAUAUGGAAAUCUCAUUCUCUAUAGCAAUCAUAACCAGACAGUUUCUGUAUGGUCUGCAAAUGUCUCAUUGGAAGUUGCAGAUGCUUGUGUAGCUAAGCUUUUGGAUUCAGGAAACUUGAUUUUGGUUCAAGAUAGAAGCGAAAGAAUUGUGUGGCAAAGCUUUGAUUAUCCAGCAGAUACUCUGCUGCCAGGGAUGAAAUUUGGGCUGAAUCAUAAAACAGGUCAUCACUUAUUCUUAACAUCUUGGAAAUCAGCAGAUGACCCUGGAAAUGGAGACUACAAGUUUAAGCUCAAUCCAGCUGGAUCACCACAAUUCUUUCUCUACAGUGGUAUAAAAUAUUAUUGGCGAGGUGUCCCAUGGCCAUGGAAAAGUUUUGCACAUGCCUGGAACUACAGUUUUAUCAACAAUGAAGAUGAGACAUACAUGGCCUACUUUCUUGCUGAUGCUUCUGUUAUCCUGAGAAUAGUUUUGGACCAUUCUGGAUUUCUUAGGCAGCUGACAUGGCAUGAAAGUUCUGGAAAAUGGAAGGAAUGUAUCUCUGAACCCACGAAUCAGUGUGACACUUAUGGACGUUGCGGUACCUAUGGCAAAUGUGAUGCUGACUAUAAUCAUGGAAAAUUUGAAUGUGAUUGUUUACCUGGGUAUGAACCCAAGUACCUGAGGGACUGGCAUAUUCUGCGAGAUGGGUCAGGUGGUUGUCUCAAGAAGCGACUAGACUCUUCCCCAUUAUGUGGGUACGGAGAAGGUUUUGUUAAAAUGACACAUAUGAAGAUUCCUGAUACGUCAGCAGCAGUCUGGGUGAGCACGAACAUGCAUCCUAUGGACUGCGAACAGAAGUGCAGGAUGAAUUGUUCAUGCUCUGCAUACUCGAUCGUAGAUAUUGUUGAGAAUGGAACUGGUUGUUUGAUAUGGUAUGGUGAAUUAAUGGACACUGUGGAGAAUGUGAAAGAUGGAUACGAUUUUUAUGUUCGCGUUGAUGCCAUUGAAUUAGCUAACAUGGCACAAAAGUCAAAUGGAUUUCUUGAAAGGAUGGAUAUGCUGGCUGUUUUAAUAGUAUCUAUUGUUUCAGCCUGGUUUGUCAUCAUCUUAAUUGCAUAUUUGUGGCUUAAGAAGAACAGAAAAUUGGAGAGGAAGAAAUGGCAUGAAAGAUUGUUUGAUACAUAUUACAAGGAUACCUUGGAGGCAAAUGAAGUUGGAGGUAGAAUCAGUAAUCCAGAGAUUGCAUUUUUCGAUCUUCGCACAAUACUUACUGCCACCAAUAAUUUCUCUCUAGCUAACAAACUAGGACAAGGUGGUUUUGGCUUCGUUUAUAAGGGUCAAUUAUCUAAUGGACAGGAGGUGGCCGUGAAAAGACUAUCCAAAAAUUCAAGGCAAGGACUGGAGGAAUUCAAGAAUGAAGUUAUGUUGAUUGCAAAGCUUCAGCACAAGAAUCUUGUGGAACUCAUAGGAUGCUGCAUUCAGGCAGAAGAACCAAUGCUAAUUUAUGAAUAUUUGCCAAACAAAAGCUUGGACUCAUUUCUUUUUGAUGAAACAAAAAGGGCAAUCCUAGAUUGGAGAAAGCGGUUUGAUAUUAUUGUUGGAAUUGCUCGUGGGAUCUUAUAUAUUCACCAAGAUUCCAAGUUAAGUAUUAUCCAUAGAGAUUUAAAAACAAGCAACAUUUUAUUGGAUGCAGAAAUGAGCCCGAAAAUUUCAGAUUUUGGCCUAGCUAGAAUCUUCAAAAGAGACCAAAUUCAAGAAAAGACGAGCAGAAUUGUUGGAACAUUUGGCUACAUGUCCCCAGAAUAUGCAGCCUUUGGCAGAUUUUCAACUAAAUCAGAUAUCUUCAGUUUUGGAGUCAUACUAUUAGAGAUCAUUACGGGAAAGAAGAGCAAUGGCUUCUGUCAAGAGGAAUCUUAUCUAUGCUUGAUAGGGCAGAUAUGGCAAUCAUGGAGCGAAGGGGGACCACUGGAGAUAGUUGAUUCAUCCUUAAAGGAGUCGUAUUCUCCUCAUGAAGUAUUGAGAUGCAUCCAAAUUGGGCUCUUAUGUGUGCAAGAGGAUGUAUUUGACAGACCAACCAUGUCAACAGUCGUUUUAAUGUUGAAUAGUGAAAUUACUCUUCCUUCUCCUAAACAACCUGCAUUCUUUUUUAGAAAGUCUCAUAAUAAUUCUAGCUCAUUAACAGCAAAAGAAGAAUUAUGUUCAGUGAAUGAGUUGACAAUUAGUGAUGUUGUAAGUCGAUGAAUAUAUUCUCUCAUUGAAUUUUUGCAACUUUCAAGCUCGAGAAUAAACGAAUUCAAGCCAAAUCAAACAAUACUAAUAAUAUUAAUAAUAAAAAUAAAUGAAAAUGCUAACAGUGAUAAGUUAAACAUAAACCAAAUCAUUCAAGAUGGUAACCUUCUGAUCUCUAGAGAAAAUAAUUUUGCAUUAGGAUUCUUUAGUCCGGGAAGUUCCAGGUAUAGAUAUCUUGGAAUCUGGUACCAUAAAGUCCGAGAGCAAACUGUGGUGUGGGUAGCAAAUGGGAAUGAUCCAAUCACUGGUACCUCAGGAGUUCUAUCAAUGGACCUCUAUGGAAAUCUCAUUCUCUGUAGCAACCAUGACCAGAAAGUUCCAGUAUGGUCUACAAAUGUGUCAGUGGAUGUUACUGAUACUUGUGUAGCUCAGCUCUUGGAUACAGGAAAUUUGAUUUUGGUUCACGACACAAGUAAAAGAGUUGUGUGGCAGAGCUUUGAUCAUCUUACAGAUACUGUGCUACCAGGAAUGAAACUUGGGUUCAACCGAAGGACAGGCAUGCAACACAUCAUGAAAUCAUGGAGAUCAGCAGAUGACCCUGGAACUGGAAACUUCUCGUUUCAGAUCAACCCCAAAGGAUCCCCGCAGGCCUUUCUUUACGUGGGUACAGAAUACAUUUGGCGAGGCUUUACUUGGCCCUUGAAAAGAUAUGCAAAUGCAUCUAAUGUCAGUUUUGUCAACAAUGAUGAUGAGAUAUACCUGGCCUACUAUAUUUCUAAUGUUUCUCUUAUCGCAAGAGUAAAGUUGUACAAUUCAGGACUUCUUAAGAAACUAAUAUGGCAUGAAAAAGAUGGCAAAUGGAAGGAAUUUUGGUCGGCACCUAUGUCUCUGUGUGAUCCUUAUGGGCAUUGUGGCACCUAUGGAAUUUGUAAUCCUCAUGACCAUGGCCUUGUAUUUGAAUGUGGUUGUUUACCAGGGUAUGAACCCAAGUUCCGGAGGGACUGGAAUAUUCUGAAAGAUGCAUCAAAUGGGUGCGUCAGGAAGCGGCUGGAUUCUAAAUCAGUUUGUGGACAUGGAGAAGGAUUUCUGAAAGUGGCACAUGUUAAAAUACCUGAUACUUCUUCAGCAGUUUGGGUUAGCAUGAACAUGAGUCCGAAAGACUGUGAAAAGGAAUGCAGGAGGAAUUGUUCAUGCUCUGCAUAUGCAAGCAUAGAAAUUGCCAGGAAAGAGACUGGUUGUUUGACAUGGUAUGGCGAAUUGACGGAUACAAUACAUAAUAAGGAAGAAGGAUAUGAUAUUCAUGUUCGUGUCGAUGCAGUCGAGUUAGCUGAAAUGGCCAAAAAAUCGAAUGAUUUUCUUAAAAGGAAAGAUAUGUUGGCCAUUUUGGUAGUAUCAAGUGUUUCAGCCUGGCUUGUCAUUGUCAUAUUGGCAUAUUUGUGGCUCAAGAAGAAGAAGAAGAAAAUGAGGAACAAAUGGAACAAAAGAUGGCUUGAUGCAAAUAGCAAAGCGUACUACAAGGAUACUUUGGUGGAAAAUGAAGUUGAAGGUAGCAUGAGUCAUCCAGACAUUGCAUUUUUCAAUCUCAGAACAAUACUUGCUGCGACUAACAAUUUCUCCCCAGAUAACAAACUAGGACAAGGUGGUUUUGGUGUGGUUUAUAAGGGUAAAUUGUCUAAUGGAAAGGAGGUCGCCGUGAAAAGACUAUUGAAUAAUUCAGCACAAGGAACAGAAGAAUUUAAAAAUGAAGUUAUGUUGACUGCAAAACUUCAGCACAAGAAUCUUGUGAAACUCAUAGGAUGCUGCAUUCAGGGAGAAGAACCUAUGCUAGUUUAUGAAUACUUGCCAAACAAAAGCUUGGACUCCUUUAUUUUUGAUGAAACAAGAAGGUUGGUUUUAGAUUGGCCAAAACGCUUUGAUAUUAUUGUCGGGAUUGCUCGUGGAAUCUUAUAUAUUCACCAAGACUCCAGGUUGAGAAUUAUACAUAGAGACUUGAAAACUAGCAAUAUUCUAUUGGAUGAAGAAAUGAAUCCAAAAAUUUCAGAUUUUGGCCUGGCUAGAAUCUUCAAAAGCAACCAAAUUCAAGAAGAGACAAAGAGAAUAGCUGGAACAUUUGGGUACAUGCCUCCAGAAUAUGCAGUGUUUGGAAAAUUUUCAAUAAAAUCUGAUGUCUUUAGUUUUGGAAUCUUACUAUUAGAGAUCAUUACAGGCAAAAAGAAUAAUAGCUUUUGUCAAGAGGAUUCUUACCAAAGCAUGACAGGGGAAAUAUGGCAUUUAUGGAGAGAAGGGAGAGCCUUGGAGGUUGUUGAUUCAUCAUUGAAGGAUUCUGGUUCUCCUGAUGAAGUGUUGAGAUGCAUCCAGAUAGGGCUCUUAUGUGUGCAAGAAGAUGUAUUAGACAGACCAACAAUGUCAGCAGUUGUUUUAAUGUUGAAUAGUGAAACUACUCUUCCUACUCCAAAACAGCCUGCAUUCAUUCUUAGAAAGUCCAAUAAUAAUUUUAAUCCAUCAGCAAAAAUGGAUGGAUUUUGUUCUGUGGAUGAAGAAACAAUUACUGAGGUUGUAUGUCGCUGA